UGUUCGGUCGUCAGUUGCUUUAAGAGCGUUGCGGAAAGCGGUCGCAAAACGGUCGCAAAACUUCGCAAACUUGUCCAACGGUCGCUGUCGUCAUCAUCUCUAAGAUAUGCUGGCCAUAACAACAAUAAUCCGUAAUAAUAAGUAGUAGCAACAAAUCAAAACAGCUGUGAAUACUAACACAAAUGUUAACACAAAAAUACGUGAAAUAGUCGUUUAACAAAAACAACAAAAAGUGAGCAAUUUCUAAAGUGAAGCGAAGCGUUCUUGUUGUUUCGUUACUGAAGAGGCUCUUGGCCAGCGAUAAUCGAUAAGGAAAUCAAUAGUAAGCGGCCCUGAGCACGACAACAGUUGAUGCACAGCGUGGCAAGGCGCGUUGCUGAUAACUCACAAAUAUACGAGGUUUCCACCCACACACGCCCACAACAGACACGCCAAAGGAGUUUCAGCUACGGUGUUUGUUUUCGCUUUGUUUUUGUUUUUUUUUUUUUACAAUUGCUGACGUCGCGACGUCGUCAUAACGAAUGAAAGAAACUUAUGAAAUCGAUACUACUACUGGGACAUGAUUAAAAUGUGCGGAAGUUUCCACUUGUCGUUUCAAUUAGACAAGUGUAUGGCUCGCUAAUAACAGCACCAGCACCAGCAGCAGCAGCAGCAGCAGCAGAGAACAACAACAACAACAUAUACUCAUACAAUAAGCAGCAGCAACUUUUAGCUCGAAACGAAGACAGCAGUAUUAUUAAUUGAUUACGAACGCCCGCGCAGUGAGCAACAUGAAGGACGAGGACGCAUCACAGCUAGUGCCACAGUAUAAUGUUGCCAUAGUGUGCAAGGACAUGGACAAGGACAAGGACAUGCCAUUACAUAAUUACAAUAAUAACAUCAACAGCACCACCAACACCAACACCAACACCAACAGCAACAGCACCACAAAAUGUGACAAAACGGAUGAGGUUACUGUGGUACGCCCUCCGAAGCCACUGGGCGAGCGGAGCAAGGCCGUCUGGCGACAACAGCUAAUGGUCUUUCUGGGUAAUAGUGGCGUUAUCGGCUCUGGCAUGAUCAUCGCCAUGCCAGCCGUCACUUUAGCACAGUUAACAAAUCCAGAACUGGACUUUACACUUAAUAGCAACGAGGCCAGUUGGUUCGCUUCCAUCAACAACAUGGCAUGUCCUAUUGGCGGCCUGCUCGUCAGCUACUUCCUCGAUCGCAUUGGAAGGAAGAACACAAUUCUGCUGACGAAUUUAAUUGGAUUUCUCAGCUGGUUAUUGUUGAUUACAUGCUUUCAACAUACUGAACGCGACUGGAUCUACGCCCAGCUGUUGAUAGCUCGUGCCCUGGGUGGUGUUAUGAUUGGCAUGUUCCUGUCUCCUGUGGGUGUGUACUCAGCUGAGAUUAGUUUGCCACGCAUCCGGGGGCGUCUCAUUCUGGGCACCUCGAUAGCACUGGCCUGUGGCAUAUUGAUAAUGUAUGUGCUGGGCUACUUCAUACGCAGCAACAUCGUGCUCAUCUCUACAAUCUGUGGUUGCUAUCAGUUUGUGUCCACACUUAUGGUAUUCCCGAUGCCGGAGUCGCCGAGUUGGUUGUUGCAGAAAGGACGAACGGAGAAUGCACGCCGUUCUCUCAAAUAUUUUCGGGGACUGAAACGCAAGAGUGACGAUUGCGUGCAAGAAUUUGAAACGGAGCUGGCGGAAAUGAAAGUGAAUGCGGACAACAGUCGGAAUACAGCGGCCAGCGAGUCCUUGCUACAGGCUAUACGUAGACCCGAGGUAUACAAGCCAGUGUUUCUGAUUAUUGGCUUCUUUGGUUUCCAACAAGCCUGCGGAGUGGUGGUCAUCAUCGUCUAUGCUGUUCAAAUCGCACAGCGAGCCGGCGUAACCAUAGAUCCUGUGCUCGUGGCCGUUAUGCUGGGCGUGGCACGCAUCAUAAUGACCUUCUUCAUGAGCACGAUCUUCGAGAGAUGGGGUCGCAAGCCGUCGGGCAUGUUCUCGGCUUUCGGCAUGGGUCUCUGCAUGUUGCUGCUUGCUGCCGGCGGCUGGUGGCCAAAAACUGUGGGAACCUGGUCGUGGCUACCUGUCGUGUGCAUUGUGGCCCACAUCGUCUUCUCCACCAUGGGCAUGUUGACGCUGCCGUUCCUCAUGAUCUCUGAGGUGUUCCCACAGCGAGCACGAGGCAGUGCCUCUGGCAUCUCGGUGUUCUUUGGCAUGAUCCUGGCCUUCAUAAUGCUCAAGAUCUAUCCGAAUAUGGAGGAGGCCUUUGGCACCGCAAAUCUGUUCGGCUUCUAUGCUGGAGUUUCAUUUCUCGCUGUGGCAUUCAUUUGGUGUUUUGUGCCAGAGACGCGGGGAAGGACAUUGCUUGAGAUUGAGGAGUAUUGGCGCACGGGAAAGGGUGAACGUGCGAAUAACCUCAAGGAUGUGGAGCUGACGGAGGUCUUCCUAAAGAAAUAAGCGGAAAAUUUAGUGUUAGCUAUCGACUGUGAUGUGUUUUAAAGUACUUAGCCUGAGUAGUACUUAGUACUUAGUAGAAUUCGUCAGCAAAUAAACAAUGGACUAAUUCAA